AUGAUAUUGGCUGGAGACGUUAAACACUUUUUCUUCUUUCUUUCUUUCUUUCUUUCUUUCUUUCUUUCUUUCUCCAAACCAGACCAAGAAUCCUCUUAUCUCGAGACGUUAAACACUUUUUCUUUCUUUCUUUCUUUCUUUCUUUCUUUCUUUCUUUCUUUCACUGAAACCAAGCAGCGAGACGUUAAACACUUUUUUUCUUUUUCUUUCUUUCUUUCUUUUUCUUUCUUUUUCUUUUCUUUCACUGAAACCAAGCAGCCAUAUGUCUUCUCUGAGACGUUAAACACUUUUUCUUUCUUUCUUUCUUUCUUUCUUUCUUUCUUUCUUUCUUUCUUUCUUUCACUGAAACCAAGCAGCGUUUCUGAUAUGUCUUCUCUGUCUUUCCACGAGACGUUAAACACUUUUUUUUUUUUCUUUAUUUCUUUCUUUCUUUCUUUCUUUCUUUCUUUCUUUCUUUCUUUCCUGAAACCAAGCAGCACGUUAAACACUUUUCUUUUUCUUUCUUUCUUUCUUUCUUUCUUUCUUUCUUUCUUUCCUUUCUUUCCAAAACCAAGAAUCCUCUCUUAUCUCUUUCUUACGCGAUCGUUUUUAAUCUAUGAACGACGAGACGUUAAACACUUUUUCUUUCUUUCUUUCUUUCUUUCUUUCUUUCUUUCUUUCUUUCUUUCUUUCUUUCACUGA